GGGCUCUUGGCUCCACGCUGCUUUGCCCGGCCUCCUUUCGGGAGGGCUGCGUGCGCGUCCACGAGAGAGAGAGGGGUAGGGAGUGUGAGAGAGAGAGCGCGCGAGCCGAGGCGCGGGGGCGCGCACAACCCCCCCCCCCCUCCCGUCCCUGGCUGUCCUCGCGCCUCCUUCUCCUCAGGCGGCGGCGGCUGUGGCGGCGGUCAUGGGGCCUUGAGGCGUCGUCGGCGGCGGAAGAGGAGGCGUCGUCGUCGGCUCCAUGGAGGUUCCAUGGAGGCCGGAACCUGAGGCAGUUAUGUCGCCUGGGCACACCUUGAUCACUGGAGGCUUGAGAACAUAGAUGAAGCUGCUCUUCAUACCCAAAGGCUGAGGGAGCAGAAAAGAGGCUUGAACCUUGAAGAGGGUGGUUAACUCUAAGAUGUCCUUGAGCAGUGGAGCUUCCGGAGGGAAAGGAGUGGACGCAAACCCAGUUGAAACAUAUGACAGUGGGGAUGAAUGGGACAUUGGAGUAGGGAAUCUCAUCAUUGAUCUGGACGCAGAUUUGGAGAAGGACCAACAGAAAUUGGAAAUGUCAGGCUCCAAGGAGGUGGGGCUACCAGCACCAAAUGCUGUGGCGACACUGCCAGAGAACAUAAAGUUUGUGACCCCAGUGCCAGGUCCACAGAGCAAGGAAGGCAAAUCCAAAUCCAAACGGAGUAAGAGUAGCAAGGACAGUAGCAAGACUGCCCCAGGAUCUUCCCUGUUUACUCCAAGUGAAGGGACCAGUGGAAAGAAGGAGGUUCAGGGGCGCCCUGGGGAUGGCAUGAACACUGGUGGCUUGGUGGCUGCCAUUACCCCAAAGGGCUCUGAGAAAUCGGCCAAAUCUCGCAGUGUGGCCAACUCAAAGAAGGAGAAGGAGGGAAGUUCUUCCAAGAGCAAGAAGGAAAGGAGUGAGGGUGCGGGUGCUCCAGCAGAAAAGGAACCAAGUGUACUCCCACCUCUUGCUUUGGCAGUCAGGGUUGGGCAGUAUGAUGGUGGCCAAGGAUCCGAAUCUUCUGCUACUGCUGCCGAGCAGCUUGGAAGUAUAGCUAUUGACACAGGAUCUGCACUCAAUCCUUUGGGAGUUAAGUCAGAGCUGGAAGAUGGUGACAGUGAGUGCCGACAGCUCAAGAAAGUCAAGUCGGAGAAGAUGGAGUCUCCAGUGUCCACUCCCGCAGUGCUUCCAUUGCAUCUUCUUGUCCCUGUUGUCAACAGUGAUAUAUCCUCACCAUGCGAGCAGAUAAUGGUCCGCACUCGCUCUGUAGGGGUUAAUACGUGUGAUGUGGCCCUGGCUACCGAGCCAGAGUGUUUGGGCCCCUGUGAACCUGGCACCAGCGUCAAUCUAGAGGGCAUCGUGUGGCAGGAAACAGAAGACGGUAUGCUGGUGGUGAAUGUCACCUGGAGGAAUAAGACUUAUGUGGGGACGCUCCUCGACUGCACACAGCAUGACUGGGCACCGCCAAGGUUCUGUGAUUCCCCCACCAGUGACCUGGAGAUGCGAAAUGGUCGAGGGAGAGGCAAGCGCAUGCGUCCCAACAGCAACCCCCCCAUGAAUGAAAGCACAGCAGCCACGGAAAGCAAAGGCACCAGCAACAGUAGCAAGACGAGGGCCGGGGCCAACAGCAAGGGACGCCGAGGCAGCCAGAACUCUUCCGAGCACCGUCUUCCACCCAGUGGCCCUUCUGAGGAUGUCAAGGCCAGCCCUUCCUCCGUGAGCAAGCGGAAAAGCAAGCCCCUCUCUGACAUGGAAGUGAAUUCCAGCUCUGAAGACUCCAAGGGAAGCAAGCGUGUCCGCACCAACUCCAUGGGUUCCGCUGCCGCACCCUUGGUGGCUGCGGCAGCGGCUGCGGCAGUCACUACAACGACAGUCAAGGUGGAACCUGCCAUUUUGGAUAGAAACUGUCCCUCUCCCAUACUCAUUGACUGCCCCCACCCUAACUGUAGCAAAAAAUAUAAGCACAUUAAUGGACUCAAGUAUCACCAGGCUCAUGCACACACGGAUGAUGACAGCAAGCCUGAGGCUGAUGGAGAUAGUGAAUAUGGUGAGGACUCCUCUCUUGCAGCGGAUCUAGGCAGCUGCAAUGGUGCUUCUGGGAGCCAGAAGGGUUCUCUGUCUCCAGCCCGGUCAACCACCCCCAAAGUGCGGCUGAUAGAGCCCCACAGUCCCUCGCCAUCGGGCAAGUUCAACCCCAAAACUUGCAAGAAGAAGCUGAGUGGCGAGGGGGACCCUGACUCUGGUGCUCUGUCGAACGAUGGCUCUGAGGAUGGCCCUUUGAUAGCUGAUGAGACCAGCAAUGAUGGCUUUGACUCUGUGGAGAAGAGGGGCAGUGACAAAGAGAAAUCCAAAAAGCCUGUCAGCAUCAAACCUGAGAAGGUAUCUUCCAAGAGCAUUAAGUCUGCUCGACCCAUCGCCCCAGCUAUCCCGCCUCAAAUCUACACCUUCCAGACAGCCACGUUCACCGCUACCAGCCCUGUCUCCUCCACCGGUCUCACCACCACGGUUGUUCAGGCCAUGCCCAACAGCCCCCAGUUGAAGCCCAUCCAGCCCAAGCCGACUGUGAUGGGAGAGCCUUUCACAGUCAGUCCCACCCUCACUCCUGUCAAAGACAAGAAGAAGAAGGACAAGAAGAAGAAGGAGUCCAAGGACAUGGAUAACCCUUUGACUCCUGGGAAAGUGUGUCGCGCCGAGGAAGGCAAAAGCCCCUUCCGAGGGGACCCCGGUGACCUUGGGGCUAAAGGGGAGAGUCUUUUGAAUGGUGGUUCUGACCCCCACCAGAGCCGCCUCGCCAGCAUCAAAGCAGAGGCCGAUAAAAUCUACAGUUUUACUGACAACGCCCCAAGCCCGUCCAUUGGAGGUGCCAGCCGACUAGACAAUGCAGCCCCCACACAGCCUUUGACCCCGCUUCAUGUCGUCACCCAAAAUGGCGCGGAAGCUAGUUCUGUGAAAACAAACAGCCCUGCCUAUUCUGACAUCUCAGACGCAGGGGAGGAUGGAGAGGGUAAGGUAGAGAGCAUGAAAGCAAAGGACCCCGAGCAGCUGGCUAAGGAGGGGGCCAAGAAAGCCCUCUUCCCCUCUCAGCCUCAAAACAAAGAGUCCCCUUAUUACCAAGGCUUUGAGGCAUACUACUCGCCAGGUUAUGCCCAGUCAAGCCCAGGCCCCAUAAAUCCCAGCAGCCAAAGCACCAUUGAUGGCCAGGCCCUGAAACUGAAGAAAGACGAGGAGCCUCCAAGCCCAGAGGUGAAGGUCAAGAACGAGGCUUGCGAGGAGAAGAAGCCAGAGCUUGGGCCCUCCAGCCAGCAGCCUUCGGUCAUCCAGCCGAGGUCCAAUAUGUACAUGCAGUCUCUUUACUACAACCAGUAUGCCUACGUGCCUCCUUACGGGUAUAGUGAGCAAGGGUAUCAUGCCCACCUGCUCAGCACCAACCCAACCUACCGGCAACAGUAUGAAGACCAACAAAAGCAGCGCCAGACCCUGGAGCAACAGCAACAACAACAGCAGCAGCAGCAGCAGCAGCGUGGGAUGGACAAGAAAGUGGAGCUGGGGCUGAAGGAGCGAGAAGUGGCCCUCAAGGAGGAAUGGAAGCAGAAGCCCUCUCUCCCUCCUACUCUGACUAAAGCCCCCAGUCUGACCGAUCUGGUCAAAUCUGGACUUGGCAAAGGCAAGGAGCAGGGGGGUGAGGUGGCCAAGUCUGUUAUCAUUCCUAAAUUGGAGGAUUCUUCCAAGCUCCAAGCACAGGCUGCAGAAGGCCUCAAAGGAAAGCUAAGUGAAAGCCACCUAAGCAAAGAAACGCCAGAAUCAAAGGCUGGUUUGGACUGUGGCCGGCAGGCAGAAGUGGACCCAGUACUUUGGUAUAGACAGGAGGCUGAGCCCCGAAUGUGGACCUAUGUUUACCCUGCUAAAUACUCCGACAUCAAAACAGAAGAUGAGCGGUGGAAGGAGGAGCGGGACCGGAAGGUAAAGGAGGAAAGGAGCCGCAGCAAAGAUUCUCUCGUGAAGGAAGAUGGGAAGGAGAGUACGAGCUCUGACUGCAAAGUGCCCUCCAGCGAAGAGUCCCGUUUGGUGGGGAAGGAGCCCAGGCCGAGCACGCACGUGCCCGUCUCAUCACCCCUCACCCAGCAUCAGUCGUACAUCCCUUACAUGCACGGCUACUCCUACAGCCAGUCCUACGACCCCAACCACCCCAGUUACCGUGGCAUGCCCACAGUCAUGAUGCAGAACUACCCAGGCUCUUACCUGCCCUCCAGCUACUCCUUCUCCCCCUACGGCAGCAAAUCCUCAGGGAAUGAGGAGAGCGAGAAAUCCCGAGCCAGCCCUAGCAUUGGCUGCAAGUCUAGUUCCGAAUCCAAGGCCCUGGACAUCUUGCAGCAGCACGCCAGCCACUACAAGAGCAAAUCCCCAACGAUAGGCGAAAAGGCCUCUCAAGAGCGCAGUGGCUGCGGGGUGGGAGGAAGCAGUGCGGGCUGCAGUGGUGUAGGGGUAGCCAGCAGUGCUGAGAGAAGCAGCGUUGACCGGCCCCGCUCCUCUCCUUCACAGCGUCUGAUGUCCACGCAUCACCACCACCACCACCUGGGCUACUCGCUGCUACCGACUGCCCAGUACAACCUGCCCUAUGCAACAGGUCUCUCAUCUACCGCCAUUGUUGCCAGUCAGCAAGGCUCUGCUCCUUCCCUAUAUCCCCCGCCCCGGAGGUGAAAGUGGACACAAUGUGAUCGGGAUAACCUAGGCUAUACCAAGCCAUGUGACUGGCUCACAUGAGGACGCGUUGGGAAUUGCAUUAGACAUCAGUUGAAUGGUGUUGAUUGUUCUGCUUGAUGAUUCUGCCGUAAUGUGAGGCAGACUCUGCCCCCUCCCCUGUUGAACCCAAGCUGAACCCCCUCUGUUUUUGAGUUGUGGAGCUGGAACUUGCAGACGUAUUUAUUCACCUGACUUGGGGUUAACUGGCUGACUUCCAGAACUCUGGAGCAGGGACGCUGUGGCGGCAAGCCGUGCGGUGUGGCACCACAGGUGCCUUGGAACGCUGUGAAGGGAAGGCACCUCAGCCCUGGACUCUUGUCCACGACUCUUCUGCUCCUGAGCUACAGCUGAGAUAGAUACUCCAGGUUUGGGCGAAGAUCAUCCAGAUUGUGUUUUUUUUUACUAGUGAUGAGCAUUUCCUCAGCACAAGCAGGUAGGCAGUCUCCAGCAGCAAUAGGAAAUAAAGAUGAAUUCUCCCAUUUCCUACUGGCUUGAGAAACGGGCAGUGUGGGACAUGGGGUAAAGAUGUGUACCUUGUGAUGAGCAGAAGCCAACCACGUGCUCCCCUGUGGAGAACAAUGCGGAAACCUUUUGUAGCACUUUGCCUCUGGGACUGUGGCUUCCUUACGUGCCCUGAAAGGCCCUCUUCCAUUGGCUGUUUUUUUCUAACAUCUCUCCCUGCUGGCAGGACUUGUGUGUUGCAAACAGCAGACACUACUUUGCUGUACAGCACAAAAGAUACACUCAGUUCUGCAUCCAGCUGGGCCUUUCUGCAGGCUGGCCCUGCUGCUGCUGCUGCUAGGAUGGGUUUCCUCCGCCGCCGAAUCGCCUUGCCUCGCUCGGCUUCCUGUCUUCCCAAACCCCUCCUCCCUCUGAACAAAACCUCUUGUUUCCACACGAAGAGAGCACGCCGAUGGGGCUGGGUGGACUUCAAGCAUGCAGUUCUUCAUUCUCUACAGUUGCAAGAUGGUCCUUUCCUAUCAGGCCGUGAACAGGUGGAUGCCGGGGCGGCGAGAGUGAAGUGGGAGAGCUCUUGGUCUUGCGGAAAAGAAAUGAAGAAAGUAGUCCUGGCAAUUAACUGGCUGCCAAUCCAUACAAAUCUUCUAGAGCUGCACGUUCUACUAAUGUAGGACAGCUGUAAUGUUGGCCUGAGGCAGCGGUUGAGGGGUGGCCAAAUGCCCCGCCACUGUGGGCUCUGAGACUUGACUGUGGAGGAAGGGCAAUCCUGGCAUCAUGAGGAUGGUCAGUUUCUCCCCAAACCCAUUUCCAGUGUCCCUCAUGAAGCUCCCAGUUGGAACUCUGCCCGUCUCCAUGGGAAUGUCCUUCCCCUUUCUUGCAGGGUAGUCACUUCUAGUAGCAACGGAGAGGAGGGGUCUUGCUUGCCCUUCCUAGCCAAGCGAGGAGCAGCCGCCGCCAGUGCGGUCUAUCUGUCCCAACAAUGCAAGUCUCCAGCUCUCUUUCUGUUCCUGUCUGUACGUACGUUGUGUGAGGCCACCCUCUGCCUCUUGGAUUUUGUAUAUAUUGUAAAAAGGAAUUGUUUGAAA